AUGUAUAAAUUAUAUCUAUUGUUCGUUCUUUGCCCUAUUGGUAUAUUGAAGGCAAAUUUUGAAAUAUAUAAUCACCUACAGUCCAAUGUAUUUUUGCAGUACAAUGGUGAAGGAUAUUUGUUUCCUUAUCCAAACCAAUGCUAUGAAAUUUUGGAUGUUUUUGCUCAACAUGCUUCUAAUUUAACACUUUGUUCAAUAUUAAAUGCAAGACCAAUAACUGUGUGUGAGAGAUGUGUUGAACAAUAUGUUAAAUUUCGUGAUAAAUAUCAAGAACUAUUAAAUACAACAGUUAAUGGAACGUCAUGUAGAUCUGUAUUCAUAUCACAUGAUAGGUUAAAUGCAGUUCAGGAAUACCAUGAUAAUAUAUUGUCUGUAUGGAAUAAAGGAAAGUGCAAUGGUUGUUUUGAUUGGAAUCAUGGAAUACCUUCCCUUAAAAAUAGUACCAUAAGUUUUCAUAAAAUGUUCAAUGAUACCAUGAAGUGCAUAGUAGAUAAUAUGUAUCCUCAGAAUAAUGAUGUUUGUAAUAGAUGUAUGCAAUCAUAUCUCCAGUUAGAUGAAUUUUAUAAAUCAUUAAGUUCUGAUUCAAUUGGUGUUGAUAGUGUCUGUAUGGAUAUAGUUGAUUCCAUGAAUGCAACUCAUUCAAUAUGGAGUAAAAGUCUUAAUUGCUGCAAACUUAGAAGAACACCUGAGAUUGUAUUUUUGUGUUGUGCUGGGAUUAUAUCUCUAUUACCAUUAAUAUACUACAUGACAGUACGCUUCUGUGGUCCUAUAAGAGAUUUGCCAAAUGUUUUGAAACAAUCCAGAUUUAAACAGUCUUUUCUACGAUCAGUGGACAAUAGGAGUGAC